UAAGCUUUUCGUAACAUGUCUGGUGGAGAUGAAGACCGGACCAUGUACAUAACCCCUACCAGGUACCAGUAUACCGUUUUCAAAGAUAAUUUGCACUUUUAUUUCAUGGUUGCUGCAAUUCCAUUAGGCCUUCUUAUUCUGUACUGCAAUAUAUUUAUUGGACCUGCUACAUUAACUGAAAUUCCAGAAGGAUAUGAACCCAAGCAUUGGGAAUAUUACAAGCACCCAAUAUCACGGUUUAUAGCAAAAUACUUUUUUGAUGACCCUCAAAUAACUUAUGAGCAAACUCUGCAUUAUCUGAAUGACUGUCUAGAGAAAUUUGAGUGGAGCAAUACCAUUGAUAAAGCAAAAUACCUGAUGGCUACAAGGGACGAUUACAAAGCUUGGUAUUUUAUGCCAUCUGAUCAAGGAAGACAUUACAGAUAUGCCAGAAAACUAUAUGAUGAAAUGGAAGAAGAACGUGGGUUCAAAUAACAAUGUGCAUUGCAGUUUUCAUAAAGAAAAUUGAGUUCUUUGGAGGAAUUUUAUGUAGAAAAAAAUACUUUUAUUUAGUUAGAUAUUAUUACAAAUAAAAUGAUAAUUGUUCUUGA